CAUUUUAAAGAGAGGUCAGCAUACUUGGUUUCAUUUUGACUUGGCAAACAGGUAUCCAGCUGGUGUUCCAGACAAUAAAGCUCACUGGAUGGGGGGAUGGCUUAUAAAGAGCGGCUUUUAAAGACUCUUAAUGAGUUAGAACAAAAAGAAUUUGAGAGUUUUAGGUGGUUCUUGCAUUCGGGCUGCUUAGAAGGCCUUCCAAAUAUCCCAAAGAGCAAUCUAGAGGAUGCAAACAGGAUGCAAACAGUCGAUAUGAUAGUACAGACCUACAGCCAGCAGUCUGUCGAGGUGGCAAAGGAAAUCUUAAAGAAGAUCAGAAGAAAAGAUUUGGUGGAGAAACUGACAAACCUCUGCACAGCAGUGCAAGAAAGAGAUUCGACUCAGCUUGACAAGAGGCAAGACUCUGCCAUGCUGAGGACAUCCCAGGUCAAACAGAAUAAAGCAAAUACAAACCCCUCAUCCAAAUACAAAGACAUCACGUCCAACAGUGAUCUGAUCCAUUCAGGACCUCCUGCUGUCUACCAGCUGAAACCAAAGAAGGAGAAGUUUGGAACUCUGACCAGAAUGACUGUCGGUGAAAAAAAUCUAAACAAGACAAAUAAAACCAUCUUACUUGUGGGAGAAACAGGAGCAGGAAAAUCUACUCUGAUCAACGCUCUGUUCAACUACAGCAUAGGAGUGAGGUGGGAGGAUGAAGUCUGGUUUCAGAUCGUAAAGGAGGAGAAAAAACAGCAAGCAGAAAGUCAGACAUCAGAUGUGAUCGUGUACGAGAUCUUUGGUUUUGAAGAUAAAACUCUUCCCUACUCUCUGACCAUCAUCGAUACUCCUGGAUAUGGAAACACCAAAACGAUCGAACAUGAUGGCAUCAUUAGUCAAAGGUCACUGGAGAUGUUUCAAUCAGAGGAUGGAGUCCAUGAAGUUCAUGCAGUGGGUCUGGUAAUGAAGGCAACAGAUAAUCGACUGAGUGACCGACUGAUGUAUGUUUUAAAUUCAGCAAUGUCUCUGUUUGGAAAAGACCUGGAGAAAAACAUUGUAGCUCUCAUCACACACUCAGAUGGAAAAAGACCUAGAAAUGCUCUUGAAGCUCUUGAAACUGGAAAGACAAAAUGUGCCAAAAAUGAGGAGAAUCAGGUUGUUCACUUUCUGUUUAAUAACUGCCAGUAUGAAAACCAAACAGAGGAAGGAGACCUGAAAGUGGUCAAUGAAAUAUCAGAAAGAGGAAUGCUGAAGUUCACUGCCUUUUUGAAAGAGUCCAAACCUCAAAGACUGGAGAAAACUGUGCAUGUUUUGAAUGAACGCAUUAGACUGACAGCCUGCAUCCAAAACCUGCAAGAGAAAAUCAAAUUGACUGAACUGAAAGAAACAGAAAUCAGACAGAUUCAAGAAGCUCUGAAAAAAAAUGAAAAAAAAAUUAAGAAGAAUAAAAACUUCACUGUAGAAGUUGAUGAGGUCUACAAAGACAAAGAACCGAUUGAUGGAGGAAUGUGGUUCAUUUUUUAUGUAGGAGCUGUCUGCUGUACAGUCUGUGAGGAGACCUGUCACUAUCCUGCAUGCACAAAGGCCUGGUAUCCUAAAUACUGUCAGAUUAUUAAACAUGGCCGCUGCACUGUUUGUCGUGAGAAGUGUCCUGCCUCAGAUCAUGUGAAAGGAAAUUGGAGAUAUGUGACCAAGACAAGGAAAGUUCAGAAGACCAACGAAGAAAUGAAAGAAAAGUACGAGAAGAAUAAAUCAGAAAGUGAGAACAUGUUGAGUCUUUUGGGAAAUCUCGAAGGGGAAAUGAAACAGCUGACAGCAGAGAAGUCACAGUUACUGGAUGAGUCCUACCAACAUGUUGUCAGACUGGAGCAGAUCGCUCUGAAAGCUGAUUCAGCAUCCACUGUUGUCCACUUGGACUUCCUGAUUGAGAAGAUGAAGGAGAGAGGAGACACAGAGAAGGUCCAGAAACUGGAGGAGAUGAGAAGCAGAGUGGAUGAUGGAACCAAAGCAGCUCUGCGGUACAAACAUGAUAAUGAAACAGUUUCUUUGCUUUAAAUGUAGUAAGGAUGCCCCCUGCUGUUUAAUGAUCAGUACAACAGUGUGUGAGAACAACUGCCAAGCUGAUUUCAAUCUCUUCAGGCUCAAGUAAAUUUCUCUUUAUAAAAGUUAGAGGCUAAAAGUAUUUAAUACCACAUCAAAUGUAAUUAAAUAAUAACUAAUAGUUAAAUUUUAAUUAAUGUACUAUAAUUCAUUUAGUUAUUUGACCUAACCACUGUGAGUUCAUAUAGGCUGACUCUAAUUUUAAAGAAAUCAUUUGAGAAUUGUACAUGCAGUGACUAGCUCAAUUAAAUAUUUGGGAGCAUGUAAGUUAAUGAACAAAGUUGGUUGAUUCAUGCAAUGGUCCUGGGUUUGACUCUACCUUUCGGGCCCACAGACAUGCCAAAUCCAUUUUUUUAAACUUCUAUAUCAGAGCAAUACAAAUGAGUACCAUUUGUAAAGUUUAUCAAAUCUUAUUUAUAUAAAAAAAAAAAAUGUAAAGGCCAAAUAUCAACCUUGUGAAACCCCGUAGUCUUAAGUAAAUCAGAUUAAACAUGUCUGAUCUCUAUCUUUUGUAUUUUUGUUCUUAUCAUUGUUAUUUCGUGUGGAGGGAUUUUUUUUU